UAUAUUUCUUGACUUUUCCUUUUGUUUUAGCUCAAUAUGCUAAGAAGAAGGAUCCACUUCACAAGAAGGGAAUAUUGGCAUCUCUGGUAGGUUCCGUGGCUGCAGUCAUGCUUUUCAUGGCCAUCUGCAUAUAUUGUUUUGUAAGGAGGAAAAUAAAAGGGACAGGAAGACGAAGUUACAGAAGUUCAUCAUUCUUUGUGAACUCUUUAAAUAGAAAGGAUGAAAUUGAUAAAAAUGACAGCAGUACAGAUUUGCCAUUCUUUAAUUUGAGCACCAUAGCUGCAGCUACAAAUAAUUUCUCUCUUGAAAAUAAACUUGGAGAAGGUGGUUUCGGCUCUGUUUAUAAG